AUGCCACAGGCUGCGAGAUGGGCGGGCUCGCCGUCUAUAAAGGGACGGUCUGAGUCGACGCGAAUGGCGUUGUUGACGUUUAGUCUUGUGGGGUUACAGUGCGUUCAUUCUGUCAUACAGAUGCGAAUGGUGUUUGGAUACAAAGGUCAAUUGCUAACGAUGGAUUCUAAUAGGUUUACAUGGGGCACGGAGAUGACAUAUUGCACGCCUUACCUUCUUCAGCUUGGGUUGACGAAAUCUAAGACUUCGUUGGUGUGGAUUGCGGGUCCGUUGUCUGGGUUGAUUAUACAGCCUCUUAUUGGUGUUAUUGCGGAUCGGUCGCGAUCGAAAUGGGGAAGGAGGAGGCCAUUCAUGAUUUUUGGGUCUUUCGUUGUGGCCUUUUGUCUGAUUGUUCUUGGCUGGACGGCUGAGAUUGUUGGAUUGUUUGUUCAGGAGCCGGAGAAGGCUAAGAACGUUACCAUUGCAUUGGCGGUCUCCAGUAUUUAUGCCGUGGACUUCUCUAUCAACGUUGUCCAAGCUUGCUGUCGCAGUUUGAUCGUGGACACACUUCCAAUUCCACUGCAACAAGCUGGAUCUGCAUGGGCCGGCAGAAUGAGUGCCAUUGGCCAGCUCAUCAGCUACGUGAUCGGCUCAAUUGACACCGUCCGCAUCUUUGGGACAUUUUUCGGCGAUACGCAGUUCAAACAGAUGACUGUGAUUGCGGCACUGUCCUUGAUCGGCGCCGUGGGUGUUACCUCGUAUUCGGUAAAGGAGCGUGUUCUGAUCACAGCGAGGGACUCGGAUGGCAAAGCUGGUGCGAUUCAAGUGAUCUCUCAGUUGAUCCAAACUACACUAGAUCUGCCACCUCGUAUCCAGGCUAUUUGCUGGGCCCAGUUCUGGGCAUGGAUUGGCUGGUUCCCUUUCCUCUUCUACAGUACCACAUGGGUAGGCGAGACCUACUUCCGGUACGAAGUGCCCAAGGAGGAUCUAUCAAAGGCAACCGAUAUGCUCGGCGAAGUCGGUCGUGUCGGCAGUCUGUCGCUGACAGUAUUCUCGGCAAUUACCUUCCUGAGCUCCGUCCUGCUACCAUUCUGCAUACAACCACCCGAUACCAAGCGCACGCGCUUCACACCCCGACCACCACCCGGAGUGGCAGCAGCCCUCAAAGCCAUAACUGCAGUCCGACCCGACCUCCAAACAGCCUGGCUGAUAUCGCAGAUCAUGUUCGCCGCGACCAUGAUCUUCGCGCCAUUAGCCCACUCUCGCGGGUUCGCAACCUUCCUUGUCGCAGUCUGCGGCAUACCCUGGGCAAUUAGCGGCUGGGCCCCAUUCGCCUUUAUGGGCGUGGAAAUUAACAAACUCACAAUGAACACCAACGGCGCGACCGGAUCAACCACCCGCUCUGGCGUAACGAUGAUCACAUCCGCCAGUAUGCGCAGCUCAGCCGCAGAUACGGAACUCGAAGUCCUUCGACUCAACCAUCGUGACUCAGACGGCGACGACACCGAUGAAGAAGAUCAGGCCUCGAAUAUCCCCUCAACGGGCGAGCUGGCUGGGAUCUACCUCGGCGUAUUGAACGUCUACACCACACUCCCCCAAUUCGUCGGCACGUUCAUCAGCUGGAUCGUGUUCACCAUCCUCGAGCCGGGCGCUGAGCCGAACAAGGAAAGCGACGCGUCGGAUACGAAUUGGAUGAACCUGGACAAGGAUAAGCCUAACGCUAUCGCUAUUUGUCUGUUCAUUGGCGCGAUCAGUGCACUUGUAGCAGCUGAAGCGACGCGGCGGUUGCGGUAUGUUCGAUGA